AUGGUGGUGUCGGGACAUGGGCCCUUCGGCAGGGGACUCCAAAAUGGGACCAGCGCCCUCAUCCACGAGGCCCCAGAGGGCCCCCUCGCCCCUUCUGCCACUCGACGCUGCACUGAAAGUGUUGCUGGAAUGUUCCUGCUCCUGUUCAGCGCCCUGCAAGCCACAGAUGUUCAAGAGAAAGAAGUCAGGGCGCUGGUGGGCAGCGACGUGGAGCUCAGCUGCGUUUUCCCCGAAAGACACAGUUUUGAUUUAAAUGACCUUUAUGUGUACUGGCAAACCAGUGUCGUCGGCACACCGAAGACCGUGGUCACCUACUACCUCUCCGGGAACAGCUCCGCGGGCCACGAGGACAACCGCUACAGGGACAGGGCCCGGCUGUCGCUGGAGAGCAUGAAGCGGGGUGAUUUCUCUCUCCACCUGCACAACAUCACCCCCCAGGACGAACAGAGGUUCAACUGCCUGGUGUUUAGGAAAUCCCUGGAGUUAGACAAGAUUCUGGAUGUCGUGGUGACGUUACACGUGGCAGAACCUGCCUCCCUCACCACCCAUCUCCCCCCUGCAGCCAACUACAGCAUGCCCGUGGUCAGGGCCCCAAGCGGCCCCUCCGAGAAUGAGGAGCUGACGUUCACGUGCACAUCCGUGAACGGCUACCCGAGGCCUAACGUGUACUGGAUCAACAGGACGGACAACAGCCUGCUGAACGAGACCUUGCAGAACAACACGGUCUCCUUGAAUGCACAGGGCUUGUACGACGUGGUCAGUGUCCUGACGAUCCGGCGGACCCCCAGCGUGAACGUCGGCUGCUGCAUAGAGAACGUGCUCUUGCACCAAAACCUGACGACGAUCAGCACUCAGGCAGAAACGGUCACCGGGACGGAAUAUGGCAUCACCGAGAGCCAAGCCGAUGCCCCGAAGAAACAAGGGGCGGUCCUCAGCGCCCUCAUCGUGCUGGGCGUGGUCGUGGCCGUGGCCGUGGCUACGGGCUGGGUGUGCCGAAGCAGGUGCCCCCCGCAGGAUCCACGCAGGAGCUGGGCUGCAAGGCCAGAGCAGACGUUCUCUUUGACCGUGUCUGAUGAGAACUCACCACCCGGAGCGUGGACAGGGUUUCUGUGA